AAUUAACACCCGAGCACAAACACAGGCGGGUUGACAACGAUCUAAACUCAGUCGUAUCAACAUCGCCGGAUUCAGGUUAUCUUCGUCAUCUUCGUCAAUUUGAUCUCGUUAACUUUCCACACAACCGAAAAACCCUAAAAUAUUCACGAUUUACAUAAAUCAUCAGCAUCUACACAACAUUAUAGAUCUAUAUGCUUAACAUUCAUUUCGAUCUGACUGCAAAUCAUUCUAUUAACACUACGAAUAUCAGGUGACUGAUUGCAGUAAUAUAAUGGAAGAAGAAGAAGAAAAACAAGAACAUGUGGAAGUUACAGGGGGUGAUUCUAAUGUUGAAGUAGGCAGAGGUAGUGGUGUAGGUUUAAGAGUGGAAACAUCUGAUUUAGGAAGUGUUACUACGGUUGACUCGAACACUGCGGAUGAUGCGGGGAAAGUUGAUUCCAAAAGUGGAUAUGUGGAUGAUAGCAUGUUUGAGCAGGUAUCGUUAGAUAUAGAAGAGAUUGUUGGGGAUUUGGAUGAUGUAAAGAACUCAUCUGAUGGAAACGAGGAGAAAUUAGCGUUUUCGGUUAAAGGGAGUCCCGUGGAGUCUGAUUCUUUACCGGUGGUUGUUCAAGAACAGCAUGAUGGUAACGUCUCAAGCCGUGGAUCAGGGGGGCAAUCAUCUACUCUUUCUGAGCAAUCAUCUGCGAGAACUAGUUAUGAUUCCCCGCUGUAUGCAUACGGGAAUGAAGGACACUCCCCGCUUGGUUCACCCCUAAAGCCUAAGCCAAAACCCAUGCCAAAUGUUUCACCAGAGCUUUUGCAUUUGGUGGAUUCUGUCAUCACCGGGAAGCCUGAAAGCAUGGAAAAACUGAAGAAUAUUGUGAGUGGUGUAGAAAGCUUUGGUAAUGGAGAAGAGGCAGAGAGCAUCGCAUUACUGGUGGUUGAUUCACUUCUUGCUACCAUGGGUGGCGUUGAAUCUUUUGAAGAAGACGAGGAUAACAAUCCGCCUAGCGUGAUGUUGAACGCAAGGGCUGCUGUAGUAUCAGGUGAGCUUAUUCCAUGGCUUCCUUGGUUGGGAGAUGGUGUUGGUUUCAUGUCCCCUAGGACACGUAUGGUUCGUGGAUUACUUGCUAUAUUGAGAGCUUGUACAAGAAACAGAGCCAUGUGCUGUUCAGUAGGGUUGUUAGGGGUUCUUUUGCAGUCAGCCGAGAAGAUUUUUCUGAACGAUGCUGAUUCAAGUCAGCAAUUGAAAUGGGAUGGAACUCCUUUGUGUUACUGCAUCGAAUACUUAGCUGGACAUUCGCUUAGUGUAACAGAUUUGAAUAAGUGGUUUUUCACGAUUACAAGAACGAUUAAUACUUCAUGGGCACCUCAUUUAGUGCUUUCUUUAGAGAAGGCUAUGGGCAGCAAAGAAUCAAGGGGUCCAAUGUCUUCAUUUGAAUUUGACGGUGAAAGCUCUGGUUUACUUGGUCCAGGAGAGAGCCGGUGGCCGUUUCAUAACGGUUAUGCAUUUGCAACCUGGAUUUACAUUGAAUCAUUUGCAGACACUUUAAACACUGCUACUGCCGCUGCAGCUAUUGCUGCUGCUGCAGCAGCAAAAUCAGGAAAAUCGUCAGCUGUGUCUGCGGCCGCUGCUGCUAGUGCACUCGCGGGUGAAGGCAUGGCACAUAUGCCUAGACUUUUUAGUUUUUUAUCUGCUGAUAAUCAGGGUAUGGAGGCGUAUUUCCAUGCUCAAUUUUUGGUGGUUGAAAGUGGUAGUGGGAAGGGUAGGAAGGCUUCUUUGCAUUUUACUCAUGCAUUUAAGCCACAAUGUUGGUAUUUUGUUGGUCUUGAGCAUACUUCGAAGCAAGGGUUACUUGGUAAAGCAGAGAGUGAGCUGAGAUUAUACAUUGAUGGAACCUUAUAUGAAAGUCGUCCUUUUGAAUUCCCUCGAAUCUCCAAGCCACUUGCUUUUUGUUGCAUUGGGACAAAUCCACCACCAACAAUGGCGGGUUUGCAGCGGCGGCGCCGCCAGUGCCCUUUGUUUGCUGAGAUGGGACCCGUAUAUAUCUUUAAAGAACCAAUUGGGCCUGAGAGGAUGGCUAAGCUGGCUUCUAGAGGAGGAGAUGCACUUCCUUCAUUUGGUAACGCCGCAGGGUCACCUUGGUUAGCGACAUUUGCUCAUGUGCAAAAUUUUUCAGAAGAAAGUGCGCGUUUAGAUGCAGAAAUUGCAGGAUCUCUUCACCUUCUCUAUCAUCCUAGUCUACUAAGUGGUCGCUUAUGUCCGGAUGCUUCUCCUUCUGGUGCUGCAGGAACACUUAGACGGCCUGCCGAGGUUCUUGGGCAAGUACAUGUAGCUACAAGGAUGAGGCCCGCAGAGGCUUUGUGGGCUUUGGCAUACGGCGGCCCAAUGUCUUUACUUCCAUUUGUGGUAAGCAAGGUUGAUAAUGAUAGCUUGGAACCACAAAAAGGCGAUCUUACUUUGUCACUAGCCACAACAGCCCUUGCUGCCCCAGUAUUUAGGAUUAUAUCACUUGCAAUCCAACAUCCUGGUAACAAUAACGAGCUAUGUCGUACUCGUGGGCCCGAGAUUUUAUCAACAAUUUUAACCUACCUGCUACAAACUUUAUCUUCACUUGAUGUUGCCGAGCAUGGAGUGGCUCAUGAGGAAAUUGUUGCAGCCAUUGUUUCUUUAUGCCAAUCUCAGAAGAAUAAUUAUGCACUUAAAGUGCAACUGUUCAGUACACUGCUGCUGGAUUUGAAAAUUUGGAGCUUCUGCAGCUACGGCUUACAAAAGAAACUUUUAUCGUCUUUGGCAGAUAUGGUGUUUACAGAGUCAUCUGUAAUGCGUGAUGCAAAAGCUAUUCAGACUCUUCUUGAUGGCUGCAGGAGAUGUUAUUGGACCAUUCGUGAAAAAGAUUCAAUGAAUACAUUUUCUUUUAAUGGGCCCACUCGUCCAGUGGGAGAAGUGAAUGCUUUAGUUGAUGAACUUUUAGUGGUUAUUGAACUUCUUGUGGUGGCAGCUCCUCCCUCAAUGGCAGUGGAUGAUAUUCGUUGUUUACUUGGUUUCUUGGUUGAUUCUCCACAACCAAAUCAGGUCGCAAGGGCAUUGCGCCUGCUAUAUCGGUUGGUGGUACAACCAAAUACUUUUAGAGCUCAAACAUUUUCAGAGGCAUUUAUAUCAUGUGGUGGCAUAGAAACACUUCUUGUUCUAUUGCAGCGGGAAGCAAAGGCGGGAGAUUAUGAUAUUCCAGAUCCUUCAUCUGAAAAUGAUGAAGCUGUAACAUCCGCAGGAUCUAAACCCAACGAUGGUGAUCAUCUGGAAAAUAAUAACAGUGAAGAUGUUGCAUCAUUGGAUAAAAAUGAAUUGUCAUCGAAUGAAUCUCAGAGUCGUACUGGUGCCAAUACCAUUGUAAGCAGGACAUCUGUUUCCGAGGGUCAGUUGAAAAAGAUUUUGGGUGGUAUGAGUUUUUCUAUCAGCGCUGAGAAUGCUAGGAACAGUGUAUAUAACGUUGACCAAAGUGAUGGUAUUGUUGUUGCAAUUAUUGGUUUAUUCGGUGCUUUAGUCAACUCUGGUCAACUCAAGUCUGGAUCUCAUGCUUCUCAAGAUCAUGGUCCGCUUGAGGGAGGGGAUAGUAUGUUUGAAGAUAAAGUUUCACUUUUGAGGUAUGCUUUGCAAAAGGCUUUUCAGGCAGCACCAAACAGGCUUAUGACUGGCAACACCUACAUGGCUUUAUUGGCUGCCUCGUUAAAUGCUUCUACAACAGACGAGGGGAUGAAUUUUUAUGACUCAAAAUAUCGGUUUGAGCACUCACAGCUUCUGUUAGUUCUUUUGAGUUCACUUCCAUAUGCUCCAAAGAGCUUUCAGUGUCGAGCACUACAGGAUCUUCUGAUUUUGGCUUGCAGUCAUGCUGAAAAUAGAAGCAGGCUAACUAAGAUGGAGGAAUGGCCUGAAUGGAUAUUGGAAAUCCUUAUUUCUAACUAUGAGACGUGUGGGAAGAACGCGUCAAUGUCUUCAAGCUUCAGAGAUGUUGAAGACCUAAUACACAAUUUUCUCAUUAUUAUGCUCGAGCAUUCGAUGCGUCAGAAGGAUGGAUGGAAGGAUAUUGAAGCUACAAUUCAUUGUGCAGAAUGGCUUUCAAUGGUGGGUGGAUCUAGCACCGGCGAGCAGCGCAAAAGACGUGAAGAAUCAUUACCCAUUUUUAAGAGAAGGCUUUUAUGUGGGUUACUGGAUUUUGCUGCUAGGGAGCUACAGGUUCAGACUCAAGUUAUUGCUGCAGCAGCUGCUGGUGUUGCCGCCUAUGGGUUAUCACCUGAAAGUUCCAAGGCAGAAGCAGAGAAUGCUGCACAACUUUCCGUGGCUUUGGUGGAGAAUGCAAUCGUGGUGUUAAUGCUUGUUGAAGAUCAUUUGCGCCUGCAAAGCAAACUUUUUAGUUUUUCCCUUGUUCAAGCUGGUUCUGAUUCUUCAGUUUCAUCAGUGGUUCGCGUUGGUAACAGCAAAAAUCUCCCCAAAAUCCCAGAACCACUAGAGGCACAGUCUUCAUCUACUGACUCAAGAAGUCUUCCUCUUGAUGUGCUUGCUUCAAUGGCUGACACGAAGGGGCAAAUUUCAGCAGCAGCGAUGGAACGGCUUACAGCUGCUGCAGCAGCUGAACCCUAUGACUCUGUUUCUUGUGCUUUUGUAUCAUAUGGAAGCUGUGCUGUAGAUUUAGCUGAAGGUUGGAAAUACAGAAGUCUAUUAUGGUAUGGUGUUGGUCUUCCUUCAAAAACAUCCGACUUUGGUGGUGGCGGUAGUGGCUGGGCUGCCUGGAAUUCUUCUUUGGAGAAGGAUUCGAAUGGUAACUGGAUCGAACUCCCGUUAAUAAAUAAGUGUGUUGCCAUGCUACAAGCGUUAUUAUUGGAUGAGUCGGGACUUGGUGGUGGUCUUGGUAUUGGUGGUGGUUCUGGUACAGGGAUGGGUGGUAUGGCGGCUCUUUAUCAGUUGUUAGACAGUGAUCAACCGUUUUUAUGCAUGCUUCGAAUGAUUCUUGUUUCUAUGAGGGAAGAAGAUGAUGGUGGAAAUAAUAUGCUUAUGAGGAAUGUUAGUGGUGUUGAUGAUGUGUCGUUUAAAGUAUCUUAUGGACAAGAUGGAAGUGUUCCAUCAUCUUUAGAAAACAGUCCUCGCAUUUCAAUGAGGCAGCCUCGUUCUGCAUUGUUAUGGAGUGUGCUUUCGCCUCUCUUGAACAUGCCAAUUUCUGAGUCCAAGAGACAGAGAGUGUUGGUUGCAUCCGCCGUUCUAUAUUCUGAGGUGUGGCAUGCGGUUAGCUACGACAGAACCCCUCUUAGAAAACAGUAUCUAGAAGCUAUUGUGCCACCGUUCGUUUCUGUUUUAAGAAGAUGGCGGCCGUAUUUAGCUGGAAUUCAUGAGCUUGUUGCUACAGAUGCUCUGAAUCCUCUUGCUGUAGAUGACCCUGCCCUGGCUGGUGAUGCACUGCCUAUAGAGGGUGCUCUUGCUAUGAUCUCACCUGGAUGGGCUGCUGCUUUUGCAUCUCCACCUGCUGCUUUGGCGUUGGCAAUGAUUGCUGCAGGUGCUGGUGGUGGUGAAGCCGCUGCCCCCGCUCUAAAACGUGAUUCUUCUUCAAUCGAUAGAAAACCAAAGCUUCAUUCUUUUGCUAGCUUUCACGAACCAAUAGAUGCGGCAAACAGAUCAUCAUCUGUAAAAGACAAAGCUUCUGCAAAAGCAGCUGCACUGGCUGCUGCUCGUGAUCUUGAACGUACUGCAAAAGUUGGUUCUGGAAGAGGUCUUAGUGCAGUGGCAAUGGCUACAGCUGCACAGAGGCGGAAUAGAAGUGAUAUGAGCCGUGUAAAAAGAUGGAAUGUUUCUGAAGCAAUGGGGACCGCCUGGACAGAAUGUUUGCCGUCAACCGACAAUAAACCGGUUUAUAAGAAAGAUCUUAAUGCUACAUCCUAUAAAUUCAUUGCUGUUCUUGUUGGAAGUUUGGCUUUAGCCCGAAACAUGCAGCGAUCAGAGGUUGAUAGACGUGCACAAGUUGAUUCCAUUGCUCGACAUCGUGCAUGCACUGGCAUACGUGCCUGGCGCAAACUCAUCCGUUACUUGAUUGAGACAAAAUGUUUAUUUGGACCAAUCAGAGAAAAUCUUUACAAUCCUAAACGAAUUUUUUGGAAACUUGAUCAUAUGGAAAGUUCUACAAGGAUGAGGAGAUGUUUAAGAAGGAACUUUGAGGGCUCAGAUCAUUUUGGUGCUGCUGCAAAUUAUGAAGAUCCCGUGGACGCCAAGCAUGGUAACGAGAAUGUGGCUAGCCCUUCUAAGGCUUCUAAUUUGCCUAAGGAAGCUAUUUCAAUGGAAUUAGUAAACGAGGAUGACGAGCAAGAUGAUAUGGUUAACAUUGAGAGGAAGAAGGAUGAUAUGGAGCAGAUAGAUGACGAUACUCAAACGAGGUUAUCUGGGACUGCAGAACAGCCGGUGCGAGUGUCGGAAUCUACCAAAUCUCAUGCUGGGAAUGAUGAAGAUUUUGUAAGUGCAUCCGCGGUGGGCCCCGGUUAUAUUCCCAGUGAAGAUGAUGAAAGAGUUAUUCUUGAGCUCUCUGCAUCAAUGGUCCGACCAUUAAAAGUUUGGCAAGGAACAUUUCAGAUUACGACAAGAAAAAUCAAUUUUCUUCUUAGUAAAUCAGAAGGCAAUACGCCAGAGGAUGGAUUGGAUCAUAGAACCGAAAGCAAAGUUGAAGAUAAGGACCGGAGUUGGUUAAUAUCUUCUCUUCAUCAAGUAUAUAGCAGGAGAUAUCUCCUAAGAAGAAGUGCUCUGGAAUUGUUUAUGGUUGACCGAUCAAACUUCUUUUUUGACUUUGGGACUACUGAGGGAAGGAGGAGUGUAUACAAAGCCAUUGUUCAAGCACGCCCUUCUCAUUUGAACAAUAUUUACUUGGCAACUCAGAGACCAGAACAACUGCUCAAAAGGACUCAACUUAUGGAACGCUGGGCUCGCUGGGAGAUCAGCAACUUCGAAUAUCUAAUGCAGCUUAACACACUGGCUGGGCGGAGUUAUAAUGACAUUACCCAGUACCCUGUUUUCCCAUGGAUUCUUGCAGAUUACAAGUCAAAGGAUUUGGAUCUUGCAAAUCCUUCGUCUUACCGAGAUCUAUCAAAGCCUGUUGGAGCACUAAAUAGUGAACGGUUGAAAAAGUUUCAGGAGAGAUACUACAGCUUUAGUGAUACUGUGAUACCCAAAUUCCAUUAUGGCUCGCAUUAUUCGAGUGCCGGGACGGUAUUAUAUUAUCUCAUGCGAGUGGAGCCGUUUACUACUCUUUCCAUUCAGUUACAAGGUGGCAAGUUUGACCAUGCAGACAGAAUGUUUUUAGAUAUUUCUGCCACUUGGAAUGGUGUUCUGGAGGACAUGAGUGAUGUGAAGGAACUGGUUCCUGAGCUGUUUUACCUUCCUGAGAUAUUAUUAAAUGAGAAUUCGAUUGAUUUUGGUACCACACAACUUGGAGACAAGCUAGAUUGUGUUAAGCUUCCACCUUGGGCUGAAAACCCCGUUGAUUUUGUGCAUAAGCAUCGGAUGGCUCUCGAGAGUGAGCAUGUCUCCGCACAUUUGCAUGAAUGGAUCGAUCUCAUAUUUGGGUAUAAGCAACGAGGAAAAGAAGCUAUAUCAGCAAACAAUGUAUUUUUUUACAUUACUUAUGAAGGGACGGUAGAUAUAGACAAAAUCAUGGACCCGGUCCAACAACGUGCUAUGCAAGAUCAAAUUGCUUACUUUGGACAAACCCCGUCACAACUUUUAACUACUCCUCACAUAAAGAGGAUGCCGCUUUCAGAUGUUCUUCAUAUGCAGACCAUCUUUCGGAAUCCCAAAGAAGUGAAACAAUACAGUGUUUCAUCUCCAGAACGGUGCAAUCUACCAGCUUCUGCGAUUAGGGCAUCUUCAGAUUCACUUGUGGUUGUUGAUAUGGAAGCACCAGCAGCACAUAUAGCACAACACAAAUGGCAACCAAACACACCCGAUGGCCAAGGAACACCCUUCCUAUUUCAACAUGCAAAGGCUACUGCAAGCACCAGUGGUGGAUCCUUCAUGCGUAUGUUUAAAGGAGCUUCCGGUUCAUCUGGCUCAGAGGAUUGGCGUUAUCCCCAGGCUCUUGCUUAUCCCGCACCGGGCAUUCGGAGCUCUUCCAUAGUCGCCAUCACUUAUGAAAAUGAAAUUAUUACAGGUGGACACGUGGACAAUAGUGUACGGUUAAUAUCAUCAGAUGGUGCAAAAACUUUGGAGAUAGCCCGAGGUCAUUCCGCACCCGUCACAUGUAUGUCACUAUCACCCGAUAGCAAUUAUCUCGUUACUGGUUCCCGCGACACAAUGGUUCUCGUGUGGAGAAUACACCAAUCAGGUGCACCACAAAGCAGCAUCUCAGAACCACCCCCCUCUAACUCAGAAAAACCAACUUCAGCAAACAGUAAUACGAUAAAUAAAAAUAGCUUACCGGAUAAAAACCGUAAACGGCGUAUCGAGGGUCCGGUACAGGUCAUCCGAGGCCAUUUUGGGGAAGUGGUUUGUUGUUGUGUUGAUUCAGAUCUUGGAAUUGUUGCAUCGUGCUCUGAUUCUUCAGAUGUUUUGCUUCAUUCGGUGAGUAGGGGCAGGUUGCUCAGAAGGCUUGAGGGUGUGAAGGCACACAUGGUUUGUCUUUCGCCAGCUGGCGUUGUGAUUACUUGGAAUAAAACGUUGUAUACUCUGUCCACUCAUACGAUUAAUGGGGUGAUGAUUUCUCGAGCGUAUAUUCCGUUCUCGUGUAGUGUUAGUUGCAUGGAGGUUUCUUCUGAUGGACAAAGUCUUUUGAUUGGGUUAAAUCCAUCUUCAGAAAAUAACGAUUUAAGCAGAACCAAGUCAAAUGAAGAUGUUGGAAUUGAAAGAUUAGAUAUAUCAUCUCCUUCGAUUUGCUUCCUUGAUCUACACUCUCUUAAGGUAUUUCACACAUUGGAACUGAAGAAGGGGCAAGAUAUAACAACACUAGCUGUGAGCAAAGACAACACAAAUCUCUUGGUUUCAACAGCUGACAAACAGUUGAUUAUAUUCACCGAUCCUGCUUUGAGCUUGAAGGUUGUAGAUCAAAUGCUCAAGCUCGGAUGGGAAGGUGACGGGCUUAGCCCUUUCAUGAAGUGAUGAACCUCAGCUCCACGUUUGUGUCGUUCCACUAUUGUGGGCCCUACCUUUUUGACCAUCAGUUGACUAGUCAACCAGAGAGACUAUUUUUUGAGGAUCCCUUUUUCAAACGGUACCUGAAGUUGACACAGAUUCGGUAGCUGGUGUUAUUGCGAUACAACAACAUAAUGUUUCCUGGGUAGGGAACAGGUUGGUGGUAUAUAAAAACUAUACAUGAGUUGGAAAGAGUAUUAGAUGUGCUAUAGACAAUGUUAUGUGGACUUUGGCUGUGUUGUAAAUUGUUGCCACCAUGAUAGUGGCUGUUGCAUUUGAGGUUGUGCAUUUUUGUCUUCAAAGCGUGUGUAGUGCCGAGUAUUGUAUUUUGAUGUAAACGCAGAUAAUGUUGUGGAAGGUAACUAAUUUCUCAUUCAA